AACAAAACACUGCACUAACUAUUCGUACAGUUACUGAGACUGUUUCGAACACAGAACAUGCUAGCUUGGCUACUAAGAACAUUUUAAACACGACAACGAACACAAUGACAGGAAUUACAUCAGCCAUUAAUACAGAAACGGAUAAAAAUAAGCAAUUGACCACGGGAACCACUUUAAACGUAGUACAGAUUAUUAUAGUUACCACUAAGACAACAGUGGUUACGGAGACUAUUUUUAACACUAUAACGACUAUGAACAUGGAUAGACAAGCUACGCCAACCAACGCACCUACCAUGAACGUAGUAACAAAUACUGAUUUAAACACUACAAUGAAUACAAUGACUACAGAUCCUGCACAAAUAACGAACAUGGAUAGACAAGCUACACCAACCAACGCACCUACCAUGAACGUAGUAACAAAUACUGAUUUAAACACUACAAUGAAUACAAUGACUACAGAUCCUGCACCAAAAACGAACAUGGAUAGACAAGCUACCAACGCACCUACCAUGAACGUAAUAACAAACACUGAUUUAAACACUAAAAUGAAUACAAUUACUACAGAUCCCGCACCAACAAUGAACAUGGAUAGACAAGCUACACCGACCAACGUAAAAACUACAAUGAAUACAAUGACUACAGAUCCUGCACAAACUAUUAACAUGAAUACAGGGACUGCUUCAUACACCGCACCGAUCAAGAACAUAGAACCUACGUUAACUACGAAUAUAACUAACAUGAUUACGGGGACUGCUUCAGAAACCACACCGACCAUGAAAGUAAUUGCAGAUUUGGAUUCCGCUUCAGGUACUGCAUUAACUACGGACGCAACUACAGGAACUUCUUCAAAUACCGUACCGACCAUGGACGUAGUUGCGGAUCUUGAUCCCGCGUCAGACACUGCGUUAACUAUGUAUACGACUACAGGGACUAUGUCGGAUACCACACCGACCAUGGACGUAAUUGCGAAUCUUGAUCCUGCUUCAGACACUGCACCUACUAUGGAUCCUAAUUCAUACACCCCAUCAAUUCAGAAUAGGGCUGAAAAACCUAUUUUAAACAUAACAUCUACUAUGAACAUGGUUAUAAGGACUAUUUCAUAUACUACACUGACUAAGGAAAAAGACAGAAAGACUAUUUUGAGUACCACAUCGACUAUGAAGACGAUUACAGAGACUAUUCCGGACACAGUACCUACCAAUACAAUGAAUAUAAAUAUGACAAGUUCAAAUACUACACAAGUAAAAAGUAAAGUCACAACACUUGUGAGUUACGCCACAACAACACCCAAUCCAAAUUCAUCCAAUCAACCUAUUUGUCAUGCUAUUAAAAAUGAUGGAAGUACGUUUAUUGUAACAGAUCUUAAAUGUUUAAGCUUGACACCAAAAUCUCGGCAAACCAAGUACUGUCCAUCAAAUAUAAAAAUUUUUACUGAUGGACCUACUAAAUUAAAAAUAAACGACUAUAGUUACAAUAUUAGUGAUAUUAUCACCAACAAUUGUCAUAAUUAUCCGAAUAGUAAAUCUUGUAAAAGAAGUAAUACAGAUAGUUACUGUGGAAUCUCACAAUGCGUUGUAUCGUGGGCACAUGAUAUUCAUGUACGAAUUAAUGGUAAGACAGUGAGGAUGAUAGCUCACAAUCCUAUUGGAGGGACGAAAUACUGGACAGUUAACUCAAAAAUAUUUGAUGGUUUAGCAAACAAAUCUCAAUACAAAGCUUUGACUGAUUGUAUUAGUCGUUCUUGUGUUAAUUGUUUUGCAUCACCAUUUACCU